UUUAUUUUAUUGCCACUACUAAGUGUUUAUUUUCAAAAUGAGUUUUUGCAUUCAUCCUUGGAAAUAUAUCAACGAAGGAAAUGUCCAUAUCGUUCUACAAAUAUUGAAUAGUAAUUACGUCCUCCGUCUCAUAAAAGAAGACUGUUGUAAGACUAAAAAAUCAAUUAUAUCUGAAUCAGUCGAAUUUGUUAACUCAGUGAUGAUACCAUUAAUAUUUUCUGAUAGAAGAUAUCAGGAAGAGGUUGUUGAUAUUUCUUUACAAGAAAUCGUUAAUCUGACGAAAAAUUUACACAAGUUUCGGCCUAAAAAUAGGACAUAUAAAUCUAUAAUAAUGACAACUGCAAUUAAAGCACCUAAUUUAACAAUGGUCGAUCCAAAUGCAGAUAAUUAUUGCAUAGAGAUCAAACCAAAAGAGGGAUAUCUAGCUAAAAGUUUGAAAGGAUAUUCUAAAUGUUAUUACUGCAUGAAACAAUUUCUAAAGUUAACUGAGAAACACAUUCAAGGUAUUAGUAAUUAUUGCCCCUUGGAUCUUUUCUCCGGCGAUAGAGACAGAAUGAAAUUUGCAUUAAAAAGUCUAAUAGAAAAUCCGCAGAAUAACUUUAAAGUUUUUAAAAAUGGAAAUAUAAUUUAUAAAGAAAAUAAACAUAACAAUAACUUUGAAAUUAUGUUGAAAGAAUUUGAUAUCUUUGGGAAUUACAUUAAUUUAUUUCUAGACUUUGUAAUAGAAAUAUUGCUCAGUGAUGGAAAAUCAGACAUAACAGUUUCAACCACAGAUGAAAUAAAAAUGUCAAAGAGUAAAUAUUGUAGAGAUGGCAACAAUCUGAAACAUGAAUCAUUUUUAUUUAAACUUCUCCAUUUACAAAGAUUAUCAGAAAAUACUUACACAUCAGACAUUUCUGAUGAAUUUAAUUAUGUGAGGUCCAUUUUAAAGGAAAUCGAAACACAAAACCUUGAUCUAGCAACUGCGGAACAUCAAAAGAUUUUCUUCACUUGGGAUCCAUUGUAUUUAGCUUUAAUAUCAGCUAUUAUCAAGGAUUGCUCUAUAAUGAUUAGUUUCACCAAAAAUAUUAACAAUAAACACCCUAAAGUAUCUGUAGGGAGUCAAACAAUGUCAUAUAAAAUAGGAGUGACAGAUUUGGAGCCUAAACCUGCUAAAGUCUUACAUAAAAGAAAAGAAACAGAGAAAAAAUUGAUAGAUAACUAUGCAAAGAUUGCAUUAACAGCUGAAUAAUCAUAAAUUCAGCCACACGCAGAGACAAGAUCAAAACAAAUAGAGGCAUGGCAACAAUUAAUAACAGAGUAUCUUAAAACGACAAAACAAUCAACCAU